UAAGCUUUACGUACUAUAUAUUUUCAGUCUAUUUCCUUCACGUCUGGAACUUUAUUUCUUACAUAUUUAACUGCAAGGAUUUUUAAAAUGUAUUACGUUAGUGCUGAACAUUUUUAUUCAUUUUAAAAUAAUUAUUUGACAAUAUAAAAUAUCCCAAGGGAGUAACUAUUAAUUAAUAAAUUAUUUGUGUCAGACAAGAAGGAGAAUGUUUUAUUAUCCUAAUGUUUUACAACGACAUACCGGCUGUUUUUCUACUAUAUGGCUAGCGGCUACGAAGGGGAUCAAAAUAACCCGCAGGGAUUAUCUCAGCGUGAACAUCCAGCGCACAUGCAAUGACAUCAUGGAUUACGUGCUGGUCCGGGCCUCACCUAUCCACCCUGGGCUGCCCCGACCCCGUUUCUCCCUGUACCUGUCGUCCCAGCUGCAGUUUGGCAUCAUCAUGGUCUACCACCAGCAGUGUGUCAUUCUGCUGGAUGAGAUCCAUGAGACCAUUGACAGACUGCUGCGCAGCCAGAAGGUGUCCAGGAUUGACCUGGUGGAAUCUGACAGGCUUGUGCUGGCGCAUCCUGACUGCUUAGCUGCCUUGGAGGAGACAGAGAGGGCGCUGGACCCCUUCUUUGGGAUGAUGAGACUCUCCUAUGAGCUGCCAAGCCCCAACACGCUGAUAGAGCAAUGGGGGAUGAAGGAGCCCCCCGCUAAACCUGUCAGUCCCGAAAUUCCCACGGACGGCAUUACCGCCUCCCCCGAAUCCAUCACUCUGAGAGAGGGUGAGGUCGUACCGGUUUCGGAAAUUCAGUUCGAGGGCGUGGAGCUGCCAGAGGCGCUGGACAUCGUCGACAUGCUGUUAGAGCAGCGGGACGACUUUCCCACAGAGGAAAGAAGGGACAUUGUGCGAGAGGAGCUGAGGGAGCAGCCCCUCGCCGGGGUUUCCGUCGAGCAACUCAGGGUCACAGACGAGGACAGCAUGCUGCUGCAGGUUGAGGAGACAGUCCUUCCGGCUCCGGAGGAGAGGGCAGCCUCGCCCAUCACUGUGCUGAGGCCCCAAAGGGGAGAAAGAAAAAGAGAGAUUGGGAGGCGUCAACCAUCACGCAGGCCGAGGGUGCCCCCCUUCGCGGACGAGCAGAUGCAGAUCCCUAGGGAGAGGCUGCUGAGGCAGAUGGCCACACCCAUGAUGGAGACCAGGCAGCCGCCUGAGAUAGUGCUGCCCUCACGGAGAACAGUGCCCCCAGCAGAGCUUCUCAGCAACCCCUGCUUACCUCUGCAUCCAGACAUCCUGCCUUCCUGGGAACGGGGUGCCAUCAUUGGUGUGGUAGAAGAGAGGGAGAUAGAGAUGGAAGAGAUCCCGCGAGCAGCAGCAGAGCCGGCUCUGGUCCCUGCUGAUGUAUCAGAACCGACCGAGCUGCUGCUGGAGGUGUCAGACAGGGACACGUCUCACACCGUCCCGUCUGUGAGUCGAGGGUCCCCAGCAGCAGAGGUUUUCACCUCCCUGGAGGAGAUAAGAGAGGAGGGAGUGCUCCUUCCAGAAGGAGAGGCCAAGGAGUGGAUGGUGACUGCGGAGGGCCUGCUUGAACAGGUGCAGGAACCCCUGGAGGAGUUUGGCUCGGUGACCUUCCACUCGCUGCUGCCUCCUGGUGCUGAUCGCAGAGACGUAGCCAGGUUCUUCUAUUCCUUGUUAGAACUGGUGACGGCAGGAAAGCUGAGCGUGGAACAGGAGCAGCCUUACGGUUCCAUCGUCAUCUCAGCAGGGCCGCUCUACAAGUGACAGGUCGCGGACGCAGAGGGGCAUCGCCACCGUCCACUG